GUUUUAGUAAUUGAGCCAAGUUGUAUUCUAAAAUUAGGUUAAAAAAAUGAUUAAAGUAUAUUCGUAUGAGUAAAUAGAUCACCCAAAGAGAAAGAAUUCCAUCUCCAAAAUUUAACCAGAAUUAAUUUACCACAGUAAGUACUUGGCGUUUGCAUUUACUAUUGCUUGCAUCUUCAAUUUUGUAUCCCAUUAAUAUGGCGGCUGCUGCUGCUAGAUAUUAUCUUGCCACCACUUCUUCUUCUCAGUAUUGCUGCAGCAAGAACCAUGAAAUGUUGUCACCGACCAGAUUAGGGAAAAUGCCAAUGUCUGUUAGAUCAGUCAGAAAAGAAAUGAAGGCUGCGGUGGCUGGAAGAUUCCCGACCGAACCUGUUACAGAUAGAAGGAGUCUGAUGAAUUUGUUGUUAUUCGGUGCUGUCGGUUUACCCGCCGCCACCAUGUUGCUUCCCUUCUUUACCCCUCAACCCUGUUUAGGAAUUUCUGAAGGUAGUACCAAAGCUAAGGAUGAGUUUGGUGAAGAUAUCACGGCAUCAGAAUGGCUAAAGACCAAUAGACCUGGUGACAGAACCCUUACUCAAGGCUUGAAGGGAGAUCCUACUUAUCUUAUAGUGGAGAACAACGGAACUCUUGUGACAUUUGGAAUUAAUGCAGUGUGCACCCAUUUGGGGUGUAUUGUGCCAUGGAACACAGUAGAGAAGAAGUUUAUGUGUCCCUGCCAUGGCUCUCGGUACAACAAUGAGGGUAAAGUUAUUAGUGGUCCUGCUACUCAGGUAAUUCAAAAAACAUGUGUAGAAGCUUUUUUCCUUCACGUAUUCGUUGCUAAUGCAACUUCAAUACUUCAUGUAUUAACAGUCUUUAGGACUGGCUCAUGUGAAUAUAGACGAUGGCAAGGUGGUGUUUGCUCCAUGGACGGAAACCGAUUUCAGAACAGGUGAUAGUCCAUGGUGGUCUUAAAAACUGUUGGUGUUUUCCCCUUCUUCACGAAUGUCAUUUUAGAUUGUUUUCUUGGAAUAAGCAAGUUUUGACAAUGAAAUACAAUAAAAAUGGUUAUGUA